UGUGUGUGUGUCUCUAGGGGAGUGGGUUAAAGAUAGUAUAUAUAACGCCUGAAGUGACAGACACCUUUUCGGGCUGCUGAAACACUCACCACCAUGAAACUGUUCAUUCUUCUGGCACUAGUGGGAGCUGCUGUGGCAGUACCCCGAGGUGAUGGAAGGAUCAUUGGAGGCUACGAGUGCACCCCUCAUUCACAGCCUUGGAUGGUCUCUCUCAAUUAUGGCUAUCACUUCUGUGGAGGAGUGCUUAUUAACGAACAGUGGGUGCUCUCUGCCGCCCAGUGCUGGUACAAUCCCUACAGCAUGCAGCUUAUUCUGGGAGAUCAUGAUGUUCGUGUGUUUGAGGGAACUGAACAGCUCAUGAAGACAGAUAACAUUAUCUGGCACCCCAACUACAACUACCAGACUCUGGACUAUGACAUUAUGCUGAUUAAGCUGUUCCACCCAGUGAAGGUGACCGAUGCAGUGAGACCUAUCUCUCUGCCCGCUGGCUGUCCCUAUGGAGGAAUGCCCUGUACUGUCCCAGGAUGGGGAACUGUCAGCACUGAAACCUCAUUCCUGCCUUUCCGCCUGCAGUGUGUUGAUGUCCCAAUCGUGAGUGAUCAAGAAUGUGAGAAGUCUUAUCCCGGGAUGCUGACUCGUAGAAUGCUGUGUGCUGGCCAUCCAGAGGGAGGCAAGGAUGCUUGUGGAAGUGAUGCAGGCAGUCCGCUAGUGUGCUUUGGAGAGGUCCAUGGACUGGUAUCAUGGGGGCAGGGCUGCGGUCUUCCAGGCUACCCUGGUGUAUAUGUAAAGGUGUGCGAGUUCCUGUACUGGAUCAGAGACGUCAUGGCAGCCAACCCUUAGAGUUUCUAUCAAUAUUCCACUGCCCUUUGUCCGUGUUGUUCAUCAGGCAUCCUACAUCACUACUGGAGCCCUUUCCUUCUUUGUGCUCAGCUCUGUAGGGCACUUUCCCCUCACUCAUUAAAAAAUAACUGACAAACUACAAUUGGUAUUCAAGAAUAAACUCCCCAAUUCACA